AUGCGGGCUUCAACUCCUCUGCUGAGUGCGAAGACGCUCCUUGCGUUGAGCGCAUUCACUCAGAUUGGAGUAAUCGCAGAUUCGAGCAUCAACGUUGCUCUUCGAGCUUCAUUUGAUCCUGCGCCGUAUCUUGUAGAGCUUCUAGAGACCGCCGCGGAAGAGAACGCAACCGCAUACUUCCCCCUCCUCGACCGCAUAUCAGAAGGCUACCUAGACGAGCUAGAUACGGAGAGGCAGCUGUACGAAAAAUUCGUCGAACUCCUGAAGAGCGAUGGGCACAUCACCGACCCCGAGACCCUCGCCUCGUUCAACCUCGCACUUUCGGUGCGGUCGGCCGCACCACGGAUAGAAGCACACUAUCAAUUUUACAAGACGUCAGUCGAACCAUCUCUGGAAUCAGAACAGGGAAAGAACUGCCAGCUGUGGGUCUCACUUGGCAGUCAGCAGUACUGCACACCGCACAUAGACGAUGGCGAGCCAAUAGGCAGCAUCAAGAAUGAGCGUACACAUGAGCUACCAUUCGACCGCGUUCUUGGGAACAGUUCAGCUCUACCGACGAUCGUUUACGCGGAUAUCUCCGCGCCCAGAUUCAAGAAGUUUCACAAGACUGUAAGCAAGACUGCAAAGGAGGGGAAGACAUCGUAUCGUGUCAGGCACAAGCCUUCUCUGAAGGGACCUCAGACACCCCUUGUUGUCAACGGCUACGGUGUCGAGCUACAGUUGAAGAGGACCGAUUACAUUGUCAUUGAUGACAGGCAGGCGGCACAGGAUGAGAAACCGGCGGAUCAGAAGCCGAUUGGUACUGAGCUCGACGAAGAGGCCGCGGAUCUGAAACCUUUGGCCAAAGACGACGUAGCUGGAUUGGCUGAGAAAGCCGCCAGCUUCGUACUGCAAAGCGACCAACCUAUGGACACACUCCUGAAAUUAGUUCGUGACUUUCCAAAGUACACGACGACCGUUGCUGCUGCCAACGCCACGGCGGACUUCCUCACCGAACACUACAGUAAUCGUGAGCUUCUACUACCUACAGGUUACAACGUCAUCUGGAUCAACGGCGUGCAGAUUCCUGCAAGGGAUGUAAACCCAUAUGCGCUCCUUGUACAUCUGCGCCGCGAAAAAAGGUUGAUCAACGGCAUCAGAAGCCAGGGACUGUCUGGCCCAGACACCAUUUCCCUUCUGUCGCACUCUGCCAUUGCACAAGGCCAGACUGGAGACGAACCUCAGCGGUACAAUUUCAGAGACGAGGCCGAGGGAGGCAAAGUUAUUGUUUGGGUGAACAACAUCGAGAAGGACUCUAGGUACGAGAGUUGGCCGACCGAGCUACGAGCUCUGCUGCAGAGGACAUACCCAGGCCAAUUGCCCAAUGUCCGCCGUGACAUUCACAACGCCAUCUUGCCUAUCGACUUCACCUCUCCCGAUCAUGUCUCCAACGUGAUCGAGACGGUGAUUGGUCUUGUUAGGCGUGGUAUCCCAUUGCGAUGGGGUCUUGUACCGCAGACUCCGACACCUAAUGCUGUGGAGCAAGCAAAGGUUGUUUACUACCUGCAACACACUUACGGUCUAUCAUCGGUCACCAAGUAUCUGUUGGCUGCGAUGGAGGCAAAGAAACUUGCAAAGCCAGACAAGGCUAGCUUUGAGACGGCUAUCAAGACUGCCACAGUUCGCAAGGACCGCGAAACGCUCGAGUUUGAAGACAUCUUAGCUUCCGAAGCUCUUGGUGAACGCGUUGACCAAGCCAAAUACUACCUGGAGCGCCUUUCAGCAAAUGGCCCGAACGCUCCAGCUUUUGUUAACGGUGUGCCAGUCGCCCAGGGCGACAACUGGUUGUCUGAGCUCAGUCAGCGGAUCAGUAUGGAUCUUCGACAGAUCCAGAAAGCUGUAUACGAGGGCAACCUCAAGGAAGACAGCUGGGUGCCACAACAGUUUCUAGUCCAGGCUGCCACUAAGCGCAACCCGUUCAUCAUCCCAGAGAACGAGAAAGAGAUCAAGCUUGUCAACAUGGCCGAGUUCGAAGAGAAGUACGGCGAGAUCUUCGCAAAGUACCCUUGUGUUGAAGCUGCACCGUCCGCAAGCAAGAGUGAAUGGGCACAUCUUACUGUGUUUGGCGACUUUGACACCAAGUCUGGUCUGACACUGCUCAAGUCCGUGGCGCAGUACCGUCAAACAAACCCGAACCUUGAAAUUGUCAUGGUGCAAAAUUCUGAUGCGGAUCAAUCUGGUGUGUCCGAAGAACUCUUGGACACAUACGUAAGGGCUGGUCGCCAGCUUGACAGCGACGGAUUGCUCGCAGUUCUGGCUCAGGAAGUGGCCACAUCGCCAAUGCCCGCAAGGUCCACACGUAUGCGAAAAGCUGCGCAGCCAUUAUUCGAGGAACUGGAGCUGAAGGCUGGUGAGCUCGCUGUGCUCCUCAACGGACGUUUCGUAGGGCCAAUCCCUAAGGACAAGGUCUUCUCCAGCGAGGACAUUGGAACGCUCGUGUCUUACGAGAUGAACAAACGUAUUGAACCUCUGAGCAAUGCUCUGGAGGACUUGCAACUGACGGCCAAGAUCGCCACACCCUUUGAUGCAGCCAAAAUCCAGUCGCUUGUAGCUCUCUCCACUGUGUCUGAUGUUCCAGAAGGUAUUUUCGAGACAGUAUCCACCCUAAGGACUAGCGGAUACAAGAACUGGACUGCCGAGCAUACCGCCAUCGUCAAAGGAAACCGCGAGACGGCCAUCUUUCAGAUCGUUGCCUCCAUCGACCCCGCCACCGAGCAAGCUCAGAAAUGGAUCCCGAUUCUGAACACGUUGAGCGAGAUGGACGGUACUCACCUUCAGCUCUUCCUGAACCCCAAGCAGAUGUUACAAGAACUUCCUGUCAAGCGUUUCUACAGAUACUUGCUUGGUUCCAAGCCAAGGUUCAAUGCGGACGGUUCAGUCGAAAGUUUCAAAGCGCACUUCACCGGUAUCCCGAAGAAAGCUCUGCUGAACUUGGGUAUGGAUGUUCCACCAUCAUGGCUUGUCGCACCUGAGGAGUCGAUCCACGACCUCGACAACAUUAAGCUGAGCACGCUACCUGCCGAUGCAAACAUUGACGCAGUUUACGGACUGGAAAGUAUUCUCAUCGAGGGUCACUCCCGCGACACGACCAACGGAGGCCAGCCACCUCGUGGUGCGGAGGUUGUCUUGUCAACUGAGAGGGACCCACACUUUGCUGAUACCAUCAUCAUGGCCAACUUGGGUUACUUUCAGUUCAAGGCGAACCCCGGCUUCUACAGCAUUCAGCUGAAGAAGGGCAAAUCGCAGGACAUCUUCUCUCUCGACAGCGCUGGAGCCAAGGGCUGGGCUGCUCAACCGAACGACGAGUCCAGCGAGCUUGUACUCAUGAGCUUCCAGGGCACGACGCUGUUCCCUCGAUUGUCCCGUAAGCCUGGACAAGAAGAGGCCGAUAUUCUUGCAGAGGAGGAAUCACUGGCCUCUGAGCUAGCCAGCAAGGGCACCGAGAAAGUCAACAAGUUUCUCAGCAAGAUCGGACUAAACUUGAACACCGAGAAGGUCUUCAAGAAGGGCGCCGAACUUCUCGCUGGCGCAAAGCCCGUCAAGACGCAGGCCGACAUCAACAUCUUCUCCGUCGCCUCCGGCCACCUCUACGAACGCAUGCUCAACAUCAUGAUGCUCUCGGUCAUGAAGCACACCAACCACACAGUCAAGUUCUGGUUCAUCGAGCAAUUCUUGUCGCCAUCAUUCAAGUCUUUUCUCCCUGCCAUGGCCGCAGAGUACGGAUUCCAAUACGAAAUGGUAACCUACAAGUGGCCGCACUGGCUGCGCCAGCAGUCUGAAAAGCAGCGCGAAAUCUGGGGCUACAAAAUCCUCUUCCUCGACGUCCUCUUCCCACUGGAUCUCGACAAAGUCAUCUUCGUCGACGCCGACCAGAUUGUGCGCACCGAUAUGUACGAGCUCGUCACGCACGAUCUGCAGGGCGCGCCCUACGGCUUCACGCCCAUGGGCGACUCGCGCACGGAGAUGGAGGGCUUCCGCUUCUGGAAGACCGGCUACUGGGCCAACUUCCUGCGCGGCAAACCCUACCACAUCUCCGCCCUGUACGUCGUGGACCUGAACCGCUUCCGCAAGCUGGCCGCCGGCGACCGCCUGCGCCAGCAGUACCACUCGCUGUCCGCCGACCCCAACAGCCUGAGCAACCUCGACCAGGACCUGCCCAAUAACAUGCAGUUCAAUCUGCCCAUCCACUCCCUACCGCAGGAGUGGCUGUGGUGCGAGACGUGGUGCGCAGACGCGGACCUCGCGACCGCCAAGACCAUCGAUCUGUGCAACAAUCCGCAAACAAAGGAGCCCAAGCUGGACCGCGCGCGCAGGCAGGUUCCCGAGUGGACCGUGUAUGACGACGAGAUUGCGGCGCUGGCGAAGCGCAUCAGGGGCGAGAAGGAGCAGCAGGCGGUUGUGGAUGUGCAGGCUGAGGAGCAGGUUAGGGAGAAGCGGGAGAAGGACGAGGAGAGGAAGAGGGACGAGUUGUAG